UUAUCUCUUCCUCUGUCCAGGAGUCGUCAGUCUCUGAAGGUCAGAGAGCACAAGGUUCUGGGUCCGUAUGUGGAUGGCCUGUCACAACUGGCCGUCACCAACUUUGAGGACAUUGAGGUGUUGAUGUCGGAGGGGAAUAAGUCGCGGACGGUGGCGGCCACCAAUAUGAAUGAGGAGAGCAGUCGUUCCCACGCCGUUUUCAGCAUCAUCGUCACACAGACACUCUACGACCUGAAGUCUGGGAACUCAGGGGAGAAGGUGAGCAAGAUGAGCCUGGUGGAUCUGGCUGGUAGUGAGCGUGUGUCUAAAACUGGAGCUGCAGGGGAGAGGCUGAAGGAGGGCAGCAACAUCAACAGGUCACUUACCACACUGGGCUGUGUGAUCUCUGCGCUGGCGGACCAGUCUGCAGGGAAGGGGGGGAAGAAUAAGUUUGUUCCUUACAGAGACUCUGUCCUCACCUGGCUCCUCAAGGACAACCUGGGUGGCAACAGUAAGACGUGUAUGAUCGCCACGGUGAGCCCAGCAGCUGAUAACUACGAGGAGACGUUGUCCACGCUGCGUUACGCAGACCGCGCCAAGAGGAUCGUCAACCACGCCGUCGUCAAUGAAGACCCCAACGCACGGAUCAUCAGAGAGCUCCGGGAGGAAGUGGAGAAACUCAGAGUACAGCUCUCUCAGGCUGAGUCUCUAAAGGCUCCAGAGCUGAAGGAGAGGCUUCAGGAGUCAGAGAAGCUGAUCCAGGAGAUGACUGUUACCUGGGAGCAGAAACUACGCAACACAGAGGAGAUCGCUACGGAGCGUCAGCAGCAGCUAGAGAGUAUGGGGAUCUCCCUGGAGACGUCUGGGAUCAAAGUUGGAGAGGACAAAUGCUUCCUGGUCAACCUGAACGCAGACCCCGCCCUCAAUGAGCUGCUGGUCUACUACCUAAAGGAACACACGCGUGUGGGUGCAGACACCUCUCAGGACAUCCAGCUGUUUGGGAUUGGUAUCCAGUCAGAACACUGUGUGUUGGAGAUCAGCCCAGACGGAGGGGAGGUCACCCUCACCCCUAUAGAGAAUGCCAGAACCUGUGUGAAUGGAACCAUGACUGAGUCCUUGGUCCACCUGUGGCAUGGAGACCGCAUAUUAUGGGGCAACAACCACUUCUUCAGGAUAAACCUGCCUGGGCGGAAGCGGCGUGAGCGUGUGAAGGAGCUGGAGAGGGAACGUGCAUCCCCCAGGGAGAGCUUUGUAGAGGUAGACGUAGAGACAGCCAGCGAGGCCUCCUCAGAACAGGACUACAGCUAUGAGUUCGCCCAGACGGAGGUCAUGAUGAAGACCCUGGGAAACAACGAUCCCAUGCAGAACGUGGUCCAGGUGUUAGAGAAGCAGUACCUGGAGGAGAAGCGCACGGCGCUGGAGGAACAGAGGAUGAUGUACGAGAGAGAGCUGGAGUCACUACGGCAACAGCUGUCUCCUGAGAGGACCAAUCAGCACCAGCGAUCCAGCAGCGACCGCCUCACCUUCCCCACACACACACCAUCACACCACAGCAAGAUACGCCCCUGGACUGAGGAGAGGGACGAGCUGUUUCGACAGAGUCUGUCCAGGCUGAAGGAGCAGGUUGUGAAGGCAAACACCCUGGUGAGAGAGGCCAACUUCCUGGCAAAGGAGAUGAACAAACUGACUGACUACCAGGUCACCCUCCAGAUCCCUGCAGCUAACCUCAGUGCCAACCGCAAGCGUGGAGCCAUAGUGAGUGAACCAGCCAUCCAGGUGAGGUGGAAAGGCAAGGAGACACAGGUUUGGACCAUCGACAAGCUGGAGAACAAACUAGUGGACAUGAGAGACCACUACAGAGACUGGAAGGAG